UAAUGGCCAAUGUCCAUUGAUGUACAAAACUUAUCCUCACAUGAACCACUUCAUUUCUUCUUCAUUCUCCUCCACCCAAUCCCCUAAUCCUCUUCCCUUCUUUAUUACUCCGUUUCCCCCCCUUCUCCCAUUUCCCCAUUUUCCCCCUACUCUCUCUCUCUCUCACUCAUCCAUGGCCGCCGCCGUAACCGCCGCCGCGGUUUCUUUCCCUUCUAAAUCCUCUUCUCUCCCUUCCAGAACUCCUCUAAUUUCCCCCGACAGAAUCUUCCUCAAGAAGGUUCCGGUUCCGGUGUUUUACCAUGGAGGAAGAGCUGCGGUGAGUCCGAUUAGAGCUCAAGUGACAACGGAGGCUCCAGCGAAGGUGGAGAAAGAGUCGAAGAAACAAGAGGAAGGAAUUGUGGUUAAUAAGUUUAAACCCAAGACUCCAUACAUCGGACGUUGUCUUUUGAACACGAAGAUUACUGGCGAUGAUGCUCCCGGCGAGACUUGGCAUAUGGUCUUCAGUACUGAAGGGGAAGUGCCCUACAAGGAAGGACAAUCAAUUGGGGUAAUUGCUGAUGGGGAGGACAAGAAUGGGAAGCCUCACAAGUUGAGAUUAUACUCUAUUGCAAGCAGUGCUCUUGGUGACUUUGGUGACUCCAAAACUGUUUCUCUAUGUGUGAAGAGGUUGGUGUACACCAAUGAACAAGGAGAGAUUGUUAAAGGAGUUUGCUCAAACUUUUUAUGUGACUUAAAACCUGGAGCAGAGGUGAAGAUAACAGGACCUGUGGGAAAAGAAAUGCUUAUGCCUAAAGAUCCUAAUGCUACCGUUGUUAUGCUUGCAACUGGAACUGGAAUUGCUCCAUUCAGAUCUUUCUUAUGGAAAAUGUUCUUUGAGAAGCAUGAAGACUACAAGUUCAAUGGUUUGGCAUGGCUGUUCUUGGGUGUCCCAACAAGCAGCUCACUUCUUUACAAAGAGGAGUUUGAGAAAAUGAAAGAGAAGUAUCCGGAUAACUUUAAGUUGGAUUUUGCGGUAAGUCGAGAGCAAUCGAACGACAAGGGUGAGAAAAUGUACAUUCAAACUAGAAUGGCUCAAUAUGCUGAGGAGCUUUGGGAAUUGUUGAAGAAGGACAAUACCUUUGUGUACAUGUGUGGACUUAAGGGCAUGGAGAAGGGUAUUGAUGACAUUAUGGUCUCUUUGGCUGCUAGAGAUGGUAUUGAUUGGCAGGAGUACAAGAGGCAAUUGAAGAAAUCAGAGCAAUGGAAUGUGGAAGUUUAUUGAUUUUAUAAAAACAACUUUGUACAUUUUGACUCUUAAAGAACCUCUCUUCAACCCCUACCUCAACCUGCAUUAUUAUUGUAUGUAGAUAUAGGUAAUUUCCUUUUUUUUGUUUUCUUUCAAAUUUUAAAUGUAUUUUUCUCCCAUUUUCACUUUCAAUUCUAUUGUUAAUUAAUCCUCCAUAAGAAAAAGGAAUUGUUCUCAUUUAUGAGAACCAUCCACUAAAGGGAAUACUUUCCUUCCAAUUCU